AUGCCGUCGUCGGUGCUCGAGGCCAAGAUCGUCGUCCUCGGCGCCCAGGGUGUCGGCAAGACGUCGCUCGUCAUGCGCUACUGCAAAGGUACCUUUGAUCCGGCUCAAACCAUGUCUACGGUCGGCGCUAGUUUCCUGACCAAGCGCGUGGUCGACACGGAUACCGAUACUCUGGUGAAGAUGCAGAUCUGGGAUACGGCUGGCCAAGAGCGUUUCCGCUCCAUCUCCCGUCUCUACUACCGCGGCGCGAAUGCCUGCAUCCUUUGCUACUCCAUCACCGACGCCAGGUCCUUCAACGAGAUGGGCGUCUGGCUCUCCGAGCUGCGCAGCAACCUGCCAUCCGACGUCGUGCUGCAUGUGGUCGGCACAAAAGCUGACAUCGUCGCGCGAGACCCUUCCCGCCGCGAAGUCCCCUUCGAACGCUGCAUCGCCUACGUAGCGGAGCACCUUGCUCCCGGGGCUAGCUCAACCCCGCCCCCGACCGCAACCCCCUUUCCUACUACUGCGAACCAAGCCAACAACAACAACAACAACAACAACAACAACAACAAUAACAAUAACGACACCAACAACGACUCUACAUCCCACUCCUACUCUCACACCCUCGCCGGCUUUCCGUUUACCUUCCCCGGCACCUCCUCCCACCACUCCUCCUCGCACAACACCCCUCCCCCGGCCACAACUAACGCCAUCGAACCGCGCUCCCCCUCCUCCAAACGCUCCUCCGGCUUCUGGGGCCAAGAAGCAGGAUGGGACGCCUGCCACGAAGUCUCCGCCGAAUCGGGCGAAGGCGUCGACGAGGUCUUCCGCGUCGUCACCCGCAAGCUGGUCGAGCAGAACAGAAGGAUUCAGGCUGCACUGUUAGCUGCUACUGGCGGGUCGCUCGUGGAUGAGCAUGGGCAUGGGGGUGCAGGCACUGGGUAUCAUGGGUAUGGGUAUGGAGGGUAUUAUCAUGAUGGUGUGGCAGGCGUUGGGUAUUAUGAGGCGACGGGGAAUGGGAGGGGGGGCAGUUUUCGGGUGGGGAGGGAUCGGAGGAGUUGGAUUGGAACACCUUUUGCGUUGCCGGCGGGGGAGCCGGGUGAUGAGGAUGAGGAGACGGUUGAGAGGAGACGAGGGAGGGGUAGGUGCUGUUAG